AUGAUUCUAUUUACCUCAGGGAAAUUUGAUCAUGGUAUUGUUAUAACCGGAAACAAAUAUGUUGAAAUUCAACCUGUAAAGAGCUAUUCAGCAACUUAUGCUGUUUUUGUUGCAGUUUAUGAUGGUGAAGCUUCUUUCGAAUCAGAUAAAAUAAAUAAUGUAAUAUCACCUGAUGGAAAAGUUAUUGAAAAGGCUCAAAUAAAUGGAUCUUUUUGGACUGUGUUCUCUCAAGAUAUGACUAAGGAUGCAACAGCUUUAAUUCAAACCAAAAAAAGCCAAAAAGAUGAUUUAUCUUACAUUAUUGAUGGAGAAAAUUCAGAUUACGUUUUUAGCUAUUUUUUAAAUGGUUUAGCCGGUGAUACUGGCAGUUAUCGCUACUUCCCACGAAUUACAAAAGAAAAAACUAAUUCUAAAACAGUUGGUAUAAUUGCUGGAAUUGUUGUAGCAAUUAUUAUCAUUGUAAUCAUUGUCGUUGUAAUUGUUUUCAUUAAGGUUCGUAAGCACCACAAAUCCAGCUCUUCAAGCCCAUCCAGUUCAUCCAAGAAGAUCAAGAAAUAUGACAAUAAUAAUGCUGACUUUGCUCAACCGGCUGGUGUUUAUCCUAAUCAAGGUUAUCCUCCAAAUCAGCCGCAAACAUACCAACAACAGCAAGCUCCAAUUUAUUCCGCUCCACUUGAUCCAGCAUCUCCAUAUCAAUAA